UUAUCUAACAGUUCAAGUACGGUUGAUAUAGUUGAGGCGCAGUCAAAAUAUGGUUUUUGGGGGUGGAAUCUUUGGCGUCAACCUAUAGGGUUCAUAGUUUUUAUAAUUUCUUCACUAGCAGAAUGCGAGAGAUUGCCCUUUGAUUUACCGGAAGCCGAGGAGGAAUUAGUAGCAGGUUAUCAAACUGAAUAUUCAGGUAUCAAAUUUGGUUUAUUUUAUGUUGCUUCUUACCUCAAUUUACUAGUUUCUUCAUUAUUCGUAACAGUUCUGUACUUGGGAGGGUGGAAUCUUCCUAUUCCAUAUAUACCAAUUACUGAACUUUUCGAAAUAAAUAAAACUAGUGAAGUCUUUGGAACAACAAUUAGUCUCCUCAUUACAUUAGCUAAAGCUUAUUUGUUCCUGUUCAUUCCUAUCUCAACAAGAUGGACUUUACCUAGGCUGAGAAUGGAUCAACUAUUAAAUCUUGGGUGGAAAUCUCUUUUACCUAUUGCUCUCGGUAAUCUAUUAUUGACAACUUCUUCCCAACUUGUUUCGCUAUAACAGAAUAGGAUAUUCCAGAUUCUUAUCCUCUCUCAAGCAAGAGAAAGAAACAUCAAAUUAUUCAUGGAUAUUCACGAUAUAUGUUUCCUAUGGUGACUGGGUUCAUGAAUUAUGGUCAACAGACAGUACGAGCUGCAAGAUACAUUGGUCAAAGUUUCAUGAUUACCUUAUCUCACGCAAAUCGUUUACCUGUAACUAUUCAAUAUCCUUAUGAAAAAUCGAUCACA